GGGAGAUAGAGCCUGAGAGGACGGAGGCAGACACCAGAGAGAGAAAAGAGGAGUUGGUACUUGUGGUAUUCUGGGUCUACACCCUCCCGAGCCCCCCGGGAUGCCGCAAAGUGGACUCCUAAUUUCGCUUUUCCUCCUCAUCUCAACCCACUCCGUGCUCGUUUCCCUCUUUUCAACAAAACAAGCCGUUCCCUCCAAUUCCACCCGCUGUCACUCGUUCCAUUUCCUCCCCUCCCCCCCAAGUCUCUCCCUCUUCCAUUGCCUUGCCUUGCCUUGUUACUCAUCUUCCCAAUCUCGCCAAGGUCUCCUCCUCUUUUUCCCUUGUUCAUUUACCCUCUCCUUUCAAUGUCAUUUACUCGGUGAUAUCCUCUUUUUUUGCCAGCAAAAGAGAACAACGUGAAGGAGAAAGAACAAGAGGCUUCGUAAAAGCCCAAAUCAACUCGCGAAGAAACCAGUAGGAGGCCUAUUUGUGCCCACACAUUCUUUAGGACUCGCCCUGUUUGCCGCACGACCCGAACACGGUCCUGCUUCGACCGACACACUCGCUCAACCCUCAACAACAUCAUCAUCAUCAUCUAACCCUCCUCCGAUCGACCGAAUUACGAUUCUCUCGACGGAUACAACUUAUUAAUCGAAUUGGGUGGAAAAUCGAGAGGACGCUGCUUGGAUUUCGAUAUCUGGGAAAGCAUUCGGUGGCCGACUGAACCGCACCGAGGCAAUAACCCCUGAGACACGUCGACAACCCUUGAACCCGCAAGACCUGUCAUCGUCUUCGAGUCCUGGAAUCGAUUCGAGACCGCACCUUCAUUCAACCUACUUUUCGUUUCAACGCUUUCGUUAUACCCCCCCUCGACAACCAUUAUGAAGUACUCAGUAGCUGUUCUGGCCGCCGUGGCCUUUGGCUUCAGCUCAGCCCAGACUGCCACCACUACCUCAGGAUACCAGAAGCCCAGUGAGGCCGCGAGGCCAGGCGCCAUCACCAACCACGGAUGCUACAACGCGUCAUCAACGACAUGGACGAAGUACCCCGUCGAGAAUAUCAGUACCGGAUCAUGCACACAGGAAUGCCAAUUGAAGCAGAAGAAGAAUGUCGCUGCUAUCAACGGCGAGGACUGCUACUGCGGUGACUCGUACCCGCCAAAGGUCGACGUCGUCGACGACAAGAAGUGCAACUUCCCUUGCCCGUUCUACCCGGAAGAGGCUUGCGGUGGUGUCGAUGACAUGAUGUACUACUCCGUCUUCAACACGGGUCUCAAGCUCGUCGUUCCCGAUGAAGACGUCGCAACCACCACAACCGCCGCAGCCACCACCAAGGCCACGACAACAACCGCCGCCAACGGCGUCGUCUCAACCGUCAUCGAGACCCCCGUCGCGACAACAUCGGCCGCGGCAACCGAGACGCCCAAGAAGAGCACUAACGUCGCCGGCAUCGCCGCGGGCGUCGUCGUCGGUGUCGUGGCCAUCGCCGCCAUCGUCGGCGCCGCCUUCUUCUUCGUCCGCAGGAAGCGCAACGCCGAGAUCGAGGAGGAGCACCGCCGCAACGCCGCCGUCAACGCCUUCAUCGGCGGCUCCAAGCCGCCCAGCAGCAGCGGCGUCUCCAUGUCCGACUCCCGCAUGGAUCCCACCCUGGCGCACCGACGCAUGAGCGAUGGCAGCAUUGCCGACAACCAAGAUUACUCGCGGAAGAUUCUCCGAGUUACCAACGCAUGAGCACCUCACGUCAUGACGACAAACGACCUAAAAAGCCUGUCCUGGGGCUUUCUUUGAAUUACUUCUUUCUACACAAUUCUGGCAUCAAAGGCGUUUUGUGGUGUUCAAUCUCCCGACGCUGGCUUACUCGGGGGCGUCUUCCGAAAAAAACGACCAGUGUCGUCGGAUUUUUCAUUUGUAUCAUGGUGUAGGGUAAACAUAUCUUGGGAAAUUACGAUAUGGGUUUUUUGCGUUGGAUACAUCUAUCAAAUCUCUCUUGUUUUUGGACACAACCAUACACAAAAAAUCCGCCCUUUCGGCCACGACCUCCCUCCCUACGCCGUCCACUCCUUUUGCAACUAUCUACAAUUUAGACAACUUUUGGAUAUCACAACCAACCAACCAACCAACCAAACGGGGGGCUUUCGUCUCGAGACAUUCCCCCUCCUACCCCCCCUUACCUACCCUCAAACUACAACCCGCCACUACCACAACACCAAUACCUUUUUUAAAAACACGUCACCCGGUCCGCCAACCACUUGCCACCUACACUGGGUUCUUUCGAUUCUACCGAUGGGAAGGGGUUGGCAGGCCGAGAUCUUGUUCAUCACAAAAACACGGCGGCAGUUGGAGAAAUAAAAAUCUUGUUGAACGACAUUUCAUGGAAAGAGUCGUAACGAAGUAUGGUGGCGUAAACCCCCCUUCCCAUCUUGUGUAUAGUAACCAUGGCACCUUCAUAUUAUGAUCGCAAAGGGGCAUACGUCUUGGGAGGGAUUAUUACACGGGCAGAGAUUUUCAAUAUCAUCUUGGAUAAACCAGCCUUGGCCCUCCCUUGGCGUGUCCGCGUGAGAAGCGAGAGAGAGAGAGAUUUGGCCAACUUGGGCUCAACCCGAUGGAAGCAGGAGAUAGGAGGCUGGUGCGGGAAUUCUUUUUUUCUGGUUGAUACAGCGUGUUCAAGGUUAACUUGGGUUAUGGAACUGUGGCGUAGUAAUCGAGCAAAAUAUCCAAUGACCUCAUAUUUCAUC